AUGACUGUUGGCAAUCCAGACACGUGGAUAGAGCAGCUCCGACAAUGCAAGUACCUACCAGAACCAGACAUCAAGGCACUCUGCGAGAUGGUCAGAGGCAUCCUCAUGGAAGAGAGCAAUAUCCAACCCGUUUCCAGCCCCGUUACGGUCUGCGGUGAUAUUCACGGCCAGUUUUGGGACUUGCUCGAGCUGUUCAGAGUUGGCGGAGAGCCGCCGGAUACGUCGUAUGUGUUUAUGGGUGACUUUGUCGACCGUGGCUAUUUCAGCCUGGAAACAUUCUCGCUACUCAUGGCGCUCAAAGCACGACACCCAUCCCGGAUCACGCUUCUUCGGGGCAACCACGAGUCACGCCAGAUCACCCAAGUUUACGGUUUCUACGAUGAGUGUCAACGCAAGUACGGCAACGCCAAUGUCUGGAAAUCGUGUUGUCAAGUUUUCGACUAUCUCAACCUAGCAGCCAUCAUUGAUGGACGCGUUCUCUGUGUUCACGGUGGUCUCAGUCCAGACGUUCGAACACUGGAUCAGAUUCGAAUCAUUGCUCGCGCGCAAGAAGUGCCACACGAAGGAGCAUUUUGCGAUCUCAUGUGGAGUGAUCCGGACGACAUUGAUACCUGGCGAGUUUCACCGCGUGGUGCAGGAUGGCUGUUCGGUAGCGCUGUGACCAAAGAGUUUAACCACGUCAAUGGCUUGUCGCUGAUAGCAAGGGCUCAUCAGUUGGUACAGGAAGGAUACAAGCUGAUGCACGACAAUAACAUCGUCACUGUUUGGUCAGCACCCAAUUAUUGUUACCGAUGUGGCAAUGUUGCGAGCAUUUUUGCCGUGGACGAUUUGAUCGCGUACGAAAGCAAAAAUUCGUCUUCUGCUCUUGUGGAUUCUGCGCUCAGCGAUACGGAGCAAGAUGAUGCCACAAAUACAGAGCUAGAUGCAGGAGCGAAAACAGCAGCCUCAGGCGAGAGCAUGAAACCAUGGGAAGCAACGCAGUCCAACUUCAAGAUCUUUGACGCUGUACCGGAUCAAACCAGAACGGUCACAUUGAAUAGCCAGUACUUCCUCUAA